CGCAAGGUCCUGCCUGCAGGGCGGCGGCACCGGCGACGACUCCGCGGAGAAGCCUCCAGGGCUGGGUUGCGGGGGGCGGAGCCAGGUUGGGGUAAGGGGCGGUCAGCCCCGUUGCCAGGAGGCGGAACCUGGACACAAUGGGGUCUGAGAGUCGGGCCGGGAGGGGGCAGGCAUCCGGGCACUCCACCUUGCCUUCCCCGCCGGGAGCCACGAGAGCAGGUGCCGCGGGCCGUAAGCUCACCCCACCCUCGCGCGCCAUGGGCUCGGACGUCUGGGUCGGCCCUUGGCGGCCGCACCGGCCCCGCGGCCCCAUCGCAGCGCUCUACAGAGGCCCGGGGCCCAAGUACAUGCUGCCACCGAACACCGGCUACAUCCUGCACGACCCGUCGCGGCCCCGCGCCCCGGCGUUCUCCUUCGGCGCGCGCCUCCCCACGCAGCAGACUUCGUGCGGCCCCGGGCCCGGCCACCUGAUUCCAGCUCGUAUGACCGUGCGCGGCCCCGACGGCACCCCCGCCUACUCCAUCUACGGCCGUCCGCGCCACGCAGCGUCCUUCCUCACUCCGGGACCCGGCAAGUACUUCCCAGAACGAGCUGGGAACGCGACGUACCCCAGUGCGCCUCGGCACACCAUCGCCCCCCGAAACUGGGGCAUCCACGCGGAGCCGCAGACCCCAGGCCCCGGGGCCUACACUGUGCCCUCGCUCUUGGGUCCGCGUGUCAUCGGUAAAGUCUCGGCCCCAACUUACUCCAUCUAUGGCCGCAGCGCAGUGGGCAGCUGCUUCGAGGACCUCAGCAAGACCCCGGGUCCCUGCGCCUACCACGUGGUGAACACUGGGAUCUACAAGCCUCGGGCCCCCCAGUUCUCGAUGCUGGCGCGGAAUUCACUCCCCCAGGACAACACCCUGAAUCCGGGACCCGCAGCCUACAACGUGGACCAAGGGGUCUGGAGUCCCGGGUCAAGGGUCAGGGGAGAGGGGAGGAGGGUCGGAGUCCCGGGGUUCCCCGGCGCGGAGCUGGACGCCUGGCCCCGCGAGGUCAGCGCCGUCUCCUGGGUCCGCAGCACCGCAAGCCCGGCGGCUGGAGCUUCGGGAUCCGGCAUUCGGACCACCUGGCCCGGGUCCUGACCUACGCGGAUGACUGACCCGCUGGGCGGGCGUGGCCCCACAAACUUUUGCUUAAAGCCUCCUGAGCCAGCAGCGUGUCCGCCCCUGUGUGUUCGCGGCGGGCGCGCGGGGCGCGGGGCGUGCGCGGCGGGACGCUGGGGUCCACGGGUCCCCGGAGCUCCGUGGGCGGACCGGCCCGGGAAGUCCCGGAAGGCGCGCGCCCGCAGGCCUUCCUGAUUGGCCGAGACAGAAGGGCCUGGGGCGACCAUUGGCCGAGAGUCCGCCUGUCCGGGAGGCCCCGCCCACCCGCCGUCCUGUGGCCGCCGGACGGCAAACCGCACCCGCCUGGAGUCUGGAGCAGGAUGGGUGAGGGCCGCCGUACCGGACAGGUACAGGCCGGGGUCAGGCUGUGAGGCCGCCGAGUAGGAGCCAGACACGGAGACACGCACACGGGCACCACAGACACGGUACAGAGGGGGCGGACAUGAGAGGGAGAGACCGGGACCAGGGUCGGGACAGGUGCACCUGCUGCAGAGACCCGGACACAGGGCGGCCGCAGGUUCCGGCGGUCUCGCACCCCGCAGGCUCGGAGCGAUGGCGUCCUAGGGACCCACGGCCCAGGGGCGCCUGGUGACCUUUCAGGGGGAGGGAGCUCAAGCAACUCCCGGGUCUGACCCGCCUGAAGAGAGACGAAAGCCCCCUGAGCUAGGGGGACCUGCGGGGCUUCGUGUGCGCUGUGGAGGGGAGUGUGCAGGGCGCGCAAAUCGGUGCGUGGGAACUUCUGGGCACCCCUAACCCUGAGGUCAGCCCGAGACCGCUUUCCCCUGGGGACGCCACAACUGUCCUGGGGACAGUGCCCCAGCACUGUCAGUGACCUCAAGAUAACCCACCGCUGUGAGAACACCACGCCCCCCCCACCCCCGUGAUGGCUACAUCACCACCGUAUUCCAUGCCUAGAGGCCGUGCUAGUGGCCAUGCCACUGGGAGGCAUAGAUCUGAAGAAGAAAGUGGUGCUGACCCAGGCCCCGGCCAAGUCUGGGCAGCAGCUGGAGCUGCCAGAGGCCUUCUGCCCGCAACUCAUGAACAAAAUUCUACAAGGGGAGUGGGUGACAAGGUCAGCCUGGACCUGGUACCUACCCGGCUGGCUAUAGGCUACAAGGUUAGAAGAUGCCUCCUCUCCAGACCAGAACGUCUGACCUCAAAGAGGUCAGUUAGCAGCAUACAGGCAAUCUCCAACUUCAAGCCUGACCUAGACAAAGUCCCCCAAAGAUGGGGUCCAGGCUUCUCACCCCCAGGAUGGAAUUUAGGUUCCCCCCACCCCAUCAGCCCCCCAUAACAGGACCAAGUUCUCCAGCUCCCCCUUGGGUACCCCACUCAGGACUCCCAAGGGAAGAGCUGGGUACUCCUCUCUCUUGGUUCCCCAGACUUGUGCUCCUAGGGGUAGGUACUAGCCUCCUCCUCGUCACUCCCCAUACCAAAUCAAAACAAUUUCUUUUCCAUUCCCUCUCCACCAGCUGCACAUACAACCACUUACUAAAUGCUUAACUCCAGCUGAAGCCCUAACCAGGGAAAGUGAGAGAGAAUGGUGGAGGUAGAGGAGGAGUAGGUGUGCAGGUGUACUCAGCAUCCCUGCCCAGCAGGUACCAAUGACCAACGGAUGUGGUUUGAGGUACCCUGGUGGGGCAGGGAGGGGUGGGGCCGGGGAGGAAGCCCCGCCAAUAAACUGGAGUCUAUUCCUGGAUUCACCCUCAUCCAGAGUUAAGAGCAGGUACAGGUGGGCCACUGGUCAUUGAUCUAGGUUCUUGAUGGUAAUAUUGGCCAGAAUCUCUGAAGAAUCACUGAUAGGUCAUUGAUCAGGGUCACUAAUGAGGAUAUUGAACAAAGUUAUUUAUGGGUCACUGAUGGUCAUUGAACUUUGGUCACAUCAUCAGUGAAACCUUGAUUGGAGUCAUUAAUAGGGACUUGAUAAUAAUCACCAUUGGGCUCUCUGAUCAAUCCUUAAUGGGCCACAGGACAUUGGUCAUUAUACCUGAUGGGUCAGACCAGUCAUUAAUGAGGAAUUACCAGAAUUGUUCAGAAGUUUCUGGUCAUGGUCUUGGACACCUGUCAUGGUUGCUGAUGAAUCCGUGAUCAGGGUCAGUGAAGGGGGUCCCUGGAAGUCCUGAUGCAGGGUAGUCUGGCCGGAUGUAAGGGCUGCUGGAGGGAGUGGGCGCAGUCCUAUGGGUCAGGGCAAGAAGCUGGUUCCUGUGGACGGACUCCUGUAUGAAGCCAGAGUGAGUGUCAGUCUCCAUCGACACCCUGCUAGUCAUCACAGGUAACCCGACCUCAGACUCCAGGUCUACUUCCUGCAUGUUAAAGACCCCUGACCUCUGACCCACACAGUCAGGGUCCUCUCAUCAGGAGACCAUGAGACUUCCCCCAAUCACUGGUGAUCUGAAUAGACCCCAGGGUCAGCGUACCAUCACAAGAUCCCUGACCACCAACUCAGAAAGGUGACCUGACUGAUGCACAACCCACCAAGCCCGUUGCAGGUACAACAGGGGACUUGAUCCUCAACAUUCAGGGUCUCUAAACCCUCAUGACUGACCCAAGAGUCAGUAUACCCCUGUGAGAAAUAAGCCCACCGACCCACUCGAAGGAAGGACACAGAGACUCAGAGCACAGUGAAGCCAGGCUCUAAUCAACGUUCUUGCAAGAGCGGUGUCUAAGGGACAGGCACACUCAGGGCGGUUACGGCAGGCAAUUUAUCUCCUAGCGUGAAGUCCCUCCCCUUGUUCUUCAUUGGUGAGUACUACAGAGGUUACAGCCUUCCCCAGAGGUCGCCUCUGCCCACGGAAGGCACAAAGGAGUCUGGUUGGAACAAAUGUACAUUCCCUGAGGUGAGGCAGA